GAAUAUGGCGACGCACACGGCAUGAAGCUGCAGCGUGACGUUACUGCUCGCUAGCUAAAAUGUGAGGUAUCUCAUGUACCUCUGUUUCUCAGCCGUGUCUGCCAAAUAUUACAUGGUACAUUCGGUACUCUUAGUUACUUAGGGACAUUUUUGUCUUUUUACUCUGUCGGUCAAUACAACAAGUAAGGUGGGAGGCUCGUCACUUAGCUGACAUUGGCUAAUGUAAGCUAGUCAGUGUUGUUUACUUGAAGGGGAUGUCUGCUGACCUUGUUAGAAGCCUGGUUGUAGUAUCUUGAUAUACAUAAUUUGUACUGACUACUUAGGUAUUUUAACGGUGUAUGCGGCCAGAAAUGUACAGAAUGAUAGUGAAAGUAAUAGUUGCUAUUACUUAAAUCAGCUUAAUACCUAAAGUUUUUAUUUAGUCCACACAGGAGAGGCGCUUAUAUCAGUGACGUCGUAGCCUGUUCAAUACGCCCUUUUAGUGCAGCACAAUGUCUCUCAGGGUGACAGAAGAGGUCAUGAGACGGAGCCUGCACUUUUGCAGCCGUCGGUUUCCUUGCUAUCUUGGCAGACUCCCGGCGACAACGUCAAUCACGGAUGCGUCUGUCUCCAGUCAACAGCUGGCGCGCAUCUGGCGCACAGGGCAAAGUCAGACAUGCCUGCCCACGAGUCUUAUCGGUUCGGCGAGGUUUUACUCCCACGAUAGUCGUCACAGCGAGGACUUCGAGGAGAAGGAGCCCGCGGAGAUCCAAGUCGCUGCCACAAUGCAAGGGCAGCGACCGUCCUCUUUCAUCGACCGCCUGGCGCUCUGUAGCUCCCCAUCGGACGUGUUGGACCUCACCUGUCAGUACGCGCCCACAGCGAGACAGAACAGCAGCUGCCUCACCCAGAUGUGGGCCACCACCAAGAUGAUGUCCGACGAGCAGGCUCGCUACGAGCUGCGGCUGAUGUUUGAGCACCCCGCAUUUGAAAAGCUACUGCAGCAGAGCAUGAAGAGUGUGCGCUUCAUGACCGGCGAGGACAUGGCUUAUUCUGUCCUGUAUAUGGUCAAACUGGGUGUCCCCCAACGCAGCCGUGUGGUCCAGACUUUCCUCCGGGCCAGCCAGGAGAAACUGAAUGACUUGGAUGAGAAGGGCCUCUCUGUCUUAGCCACCUGUCUGGAUCAAAUAGAGGAGGGCACCCCCAAUGUUGCUGCGCUUAAGAAAGCCAUGGGGCUGCUGGUGGAGAGCCGUCUUCCUGAGAUCAAGAAUGUCGUGCUCCUCCAGACCAUGAUGCGCGUUGUGGGGAAAGAUGCCCCGCUGAAUCUCAAACGGAAACUAGAGGGAAAAGCUUUAUCGAUGACAGACCAGUUCAGCCUCCCCAACACCCUGUACAUGAUCUCCACCAUGGCCACAAUGGGGUUUUAUUCCAAACCCCUCCUGGAUGUCUGCAGUAACAAGAUCAAAGAAAAGCUCAAUGAAAUCCCCUUCAGCAGACAGUAUAAACUACUGCUGUCCUGUAAGCAACUGCUCUACAGAGACUUGGAUCUGCUCACUGACAUGUCGGACUACGCCGCAUCUAUGAUUGACAUAUGGUCCAACAAACAGUUGGUCAUCUUCCUAUCUGCGUUCGAGAGCCUUCACUUCUGUCCGACUUCCUUUAUGGGGGCAUUUGCCGAGAAGGUGAUCGCCAAUCCAGAACCUCUAACACUGAGAGACCUCCUCUGUGUCCUCAAGGUGUACUCCUCUCUUAACUUUGAUCUGCAGCACCAAAGACAACAGUUCCUGGAUGGUCUCACUGGGGCUCUGGUCUCCUAUCUGCCCAGGAUGUCUGGGUUUGAGUUGUUAAAGACCGUAUACCACCUGUGUCUACUGUGCCACUUCCCUCCUGCACCACUGGAGCAACUCCUGCAGAGCAGUACACUGGAGCAGUUAAAGACUACAGUGCCCAAGUAUCGCAGAAACUGUGAGAGAAUGUUUCGAAUGGUGGACGCGUCCCUCCGUCUCGACCGUCCUCAGCUCCCUCAGCACCUGACCGUCCCCCCAUUUGUCCUGGGCAGCCCCACCCCCAGCAGUUCAGCAGACAAGCUGUGGCUCUUGCAGAGCCUGCGGAGUUUGGUGGGGGACCAGGCAGACACAGUGCUACAGGAAAUGGUGGUGCUGGAGAAUUCAUACCUCAUAGAUGGUGUGAUCACCAAACCUCUGACACGCCAACCCUCUGUGUCUGAAGCUAGUGAAGCAGAAUGUCGCUCUCCAGCAGAGAGCAGUCAAAGAAUCGCAGUUAUUUGCACGCCAAGCCCUUUCUGCUAUGGUACGUCUCACCUUCGUGGCCCACUGGCUGCUAUGACUCGUCAUCUGAACAGCCUGGGAUAUGACUGUGUGUCGGUAACGGAGCACAAGCUGCACGCCAUGUCUGAGGAAAAGAGGAUGGAGUUCCUCAGCAGACAGCUUUUUCCAGAACGCCACGGAUCAGACGCACAGCCAGAAACGGUGCAACUGGGAGCUUGAGGGCAGGCGUGAGUGUUAAAUGGCUGCCAAGAGCCAGACGAGGCUCGGUCGACUCUCAACCUGUGCAAACGUCGUGGACGCGCAGAUUUUGUUGUGUACUUCGAAGCUUUGAGGGGAUGAAUUUAUUAAAGUAUUUGAAUAAAUGUGGUAUGUUUUGUAAAGUU